AUGGAGGACUGCUGCGCCGUCUGUGCGGAGCCCCUGGAGUGGACCGCCUUUGGCGAGUGCGGCCACACGGACACGUGCUCCAAGUGCGUGGCGCGCCUGCGCUUCGUGCUCGGCGACCGGCGCUGCGCCAUCUGCCAGCAGGAGGCCGAGCGGGUGUUCUUCACGCGCUACGCGGGCAAGUUCACGGAGCGCCUGUCGGCGGACGACUUCGCGGGGCUCAAGGGGAGGGCUCGCAGCAGGGAGCUGUUUUCGUUGGCUGUGAUCGACGGUUUCUUCGACGAUGAAGAUCAUUUCAAGAGGAUCAAAUCUUUUUGCAGUUUCACACACCCCAUUCUCGAGUCUGGCGGGUCAGAUGGCAACCUGCCCCCCUUCAAGACUCUGACAGCUCUGCGUCGACACAUCCAGGACAAAUAUGACAGAUACUUUUGCAGCAUUUGCCUCAAUGGAAGAAAGGCAUUUGUGUGUGAACAGCUGUUGUAUACAAAGAAGUCCCUGGACAAGCACCUGAGGGUUGGGGAUGAGGAUGGGCCCAUGGCGGCCAGUGGCUUCAAGGGCCACCCGCAGUGUCGAUUCUGCCAUAAAAGGUUCUUUGGCGAGUCGGAACAGUUCCAGCACAACCAGAAGGAGCACGAGACAUGCUUCCUGUGCCGCAGGGCCAACCCAGAUCAAUACGUGUACUAUGAAAAUUACCCAGAGCUAGAAGAACAUUUCUUCUCUGCACACCACCCCUGCCCACAUGCAUCAUGCCUGGAGAAAAGGUUUGUCAUUUUCUCAACGGAUGCGGAGCUGAAAAACCAUGUCGCAAAGGAGCACAAAGGAGAGAUGAUGAAGGGGAUGUCUCGGGCACAGCUGCGUGGUGCGCUUACUCUGCAAACCAACUUUCAGUUGAGACCAAGGGACGGUGAUGGGGAAGAAGACCAGGGCGCUGGACCAUCCAGUGGGAUCGUAAUUGGGGGUGGUGGCAACGUCCACAGCAGAAUUGUCCAUGGCAGGAGGGGUGGCCAGGGCUACGAAAGAGACGUUGCACAGGCGAUGCAGAACAGCAUUGCUGCCAAUAGCCAGGGAGACAGGUCUGCAGCCCCCCAGGCCGGUGGGAGCGACACAGAACAGGCGCACAACUUCAAUGAGCAAGAUUUUCCCACAGUCUCCGAUGCUCAUGGUAGCCAGGCAGGGCCAAGUGCAGGAGCGCCAAGUGCCAGAUGGGCUGCAGGAGGCCCCUCUGUGACUGGCCCUGCCCUGCACGUGGAGGACUUCCCAGACCUGCCCGGGGCCCCAGCUGUGAGGCAGCCCAAGAAGAAAAACAAACACAAAACCGCAACCUUGGCCGAGCGGCUUGCAGGGGGUGCCACAGGGGAAGUCAGAGUCCUAAACAAAGCCCAGAACAGGGCCCCCCCACGGCCGCCCCCACCACGACGACCUGACCCCCUUCCACAAACCCAGGCUGUGCCAUCCUUGUCACCACAGCGGCCCUCGCAAGCAACCGUGCCGCACUCGGGCCCUCCUUCACGAACGCCAAGCCCAGCCAGGCCAGGUCCUGCUGGCCCGGCGGUGAACCAUCCCACCAGAUCGCCGAGUCCUGUGGGGCCACCCCCUGCCAGUCUGUCCCAGGGAGCCGCAUAUUCUGCAAGUACAGGGAAUGACAGUUCUGUGCCUCGUGCUGGGCCUUCCUCUGUGCGGCCCCACCAAACGGAUGUGUCGCAACCUGGAGGAGGGGCAUGGACGGGCACAUCGGGCACAAUUGUGGAAG